UCCCCAGUGCGGGCAGCAUCAGGAUAGGCGGGAAGCAACGCGAAGAACGGCCCAGGAGGGGCUGCUAUUCGUCCGAGCCUCUCGGAGCACACUCCCUUCGUGGCGGCGGCCGCGUAAACACGGCGCCAGGCGUCCGCCCUUCCCCCCGCCCGCGCGUGUGCGGUGGAGAAGCGGCCACUUGGUCGGCCCCGAGUGGCGCACAAGUGGGGCCUCCGCGAGUGUCCGGACCGUGGCCAAGUGCGAUGUUGGCCAGCUCGGCGACGCCCUUCUCCGUCAAGGACAUCCUCAACCUGAGCGACAGCGGCGUGGACGAGCUCGACCCGCAGGCGCUGUUGUACCAGGCGCAGAGCCUCGAGAAGGCCUUCUUCGAGGAGGCCUGUCACGAGGGGCUGCUCGACGCGGACGCGCUGCUGCUGCCAGCCGCCGCCGACUCGGGCGCAGCAUCCACGGCUGGCGGCGGUCAGUGCGCACCGCACCUCUGCCUGCCCUACCACGCACACUGCUUCGAAGGAGGUCCCGGGCUCGAUCCCGGCUACGCGCACCAAGACGACGCGCCGCCGGCCCACCUGGCGCAGCACUGCGCGAGCGGCCUCGCCGACAUGCUCAGCCAGCAGUUUGCGAGCGACGCAAGUGGCGGCUCGAAGUCCUUGGAAUCGGGCGGCAUCUUCGGCUUGCCGGACGGCCCAGAGCUGGUCUUCCAGCUUCGAACUUUUGAGGGCCGCCUCCCAGCGGCGGCGCCGACGCAGAAGGUACCCGGCGGCCCCCGCAGCCGGGGCGGCGUCGAGAAGGAGCGAGCUCGAGGCUUCCUGUAUUCCGAGUCUGGCGGCAGCCGGGAGAACGGUGCCCGACCGCGCAAGAGGAAGAAGCCGCGGGUGCUCUUCUCCCAGUCACAGGUGUACGAGCUGGAGAGGCGCUUCAAGCAGCAAAAGUACCUCUCGGCGCCGGAAAGGGACCACUUGGCGAACGCCCUGAAGCUCACCUCCACUCAGGUGAAGAUCUGGUUCCAGAACCGGCGCUACAAGUGCAAACGGCAGAAGCAGGACAAGUCCCUGGAGAUGGUCGCGGCUGCCACCGCGCGCCGCGUGGCUGUGCCCGUGCUGGUGCGUGACGGCAAGCCGGCUGCCGUGCCGUUUGCUCCGUCGGCGUACCCGAUGCACCCAUACUUUGCCGGCACCGCUACCCUGGGCCCGCCGCCGCCGCCGCCGCCGGCGCCGCCUCCGCCGCAGCCGCCCAGCCAUCCGCCGGACGCGCUUCUGUACCCGACCAUGGUGGGCCACAAGCCGGCCUCCGCCACGGCGAUUAAGUCUUGGUGAACGCCGCGGAACUGCGCGUAUCCUGGGCGCGCGCACGUGCGUGUGUUCAUGUGUGUGUUUCGCGCUGCGCGAACUUCUGCAGCGUAAUUCAUCUCCCGCAAGCGCCGCUUGCACUGCUGCACCGUCCACGAUCUCCCAGGAGAAAGGCUCACGGGACCGGGGGCAAUCAUGACCUGUACCUAGGGGUGUACUCGAAAUAAGGCCCCAGUAACGAGAGCCGCCGUCUGCGAUUGUUUGAUAUUGCAAAAUCCGUGACAAUACUGCAAUACUGACGCACAACAUGGACACCAAAUAGACUCGUUCGUACCAUCAAUAUAAGUGUUGCAUAGCAUUCAAAGGAAAUGUGGCAUCGAACAUCGAAGCAAGGGGUGCUCAGGCUGUUCCUGCGUGUGAGAGACUUUAAACCUAUCAAAAAAAAAAAAAAAGCUUGCAAGAAGAAACACAUUAAAGAAAAGGAAAGAAAAUAUCGUCUAGGUGACAUUAGCAUAAUCGAAAUCAUGUGUAGGUUUGACGAACGAAAAUAUAUUCGCCUUUGACUCAUGUAAAUUAACUGCUCUUGCGCUGUACGCACAAAGUACCCACAAGAGCACCUUGCGUUCUUGAAAAUGGCGUAUAUGUUGGUCAGAAGGACAAACAAACAUUCGUUUCAACACAAGCUGAUCUGGCCGAGGCGCUUUUUGAGGCAGCAAUAGCACACCUCGGAGAGGGAACGCUGAGCCACCACUACGUGCGCCCACCCGGUGCAACAAGAGGAAUGUCAUUUUCAGAGUUUACUAAUUCAAAUAGUCAUUACAACAGUCGACAAUAUCCCUCGAACAGUCUACAAUAUCCCUCGUUUCAGAAUUACUUAACAAGGAAUCUCAAGGCUUUUUGAACGAUUGAGGCAGAUGGGCUCGCAAUAGUCAAGGUCAAACGCUUUUAUACAGCCACGAAGGGGUGAGAGGGCAUUACGACGCUGCUUCCACUCAGCACAAUUAUUGCAACACACGACACUGUAAGCUUCAGGCAUCCUUUAUUAAGUCCCGACCAAGCCAUUUGUUGCAUGAAUACUAUUUUGCGUAUGUGUGAAAAAUAUGCUAUUCAAGUGAUAAGACGACCGGCGAGCGCUCGCAGUGAGCAAAGCGCUACGCGUGUCCACGCUCUGCUGUAUAGGUUUUGAGUAACAUAACUAGUCGGACAACCUAUAACACUGUACUUGGAUACUUGAGGAGGGUGAAUGUAACCUUGCCUCAUAUCAUGGGCCCAAAGAAGGCCUUGAUCUAUACUCUUCACACGGACACAAUGGUAUAAACGCGCUCCAAGAUCGCGGCAAAGACAUGUAUGACCAUAAAUUCCUUUUUUCCCUA